AUGGCCACAGUGAUACGGCUCAAGCGACGAGUGGAUGAAGAUCCGUUGAAUGCCUUUGUGCUGAAUUGUAAACGCCAGCGUGUUGAAGGUGAUGCGGGCGAUGAAGACUCCAAUGCAAACGCUACUGCUGGUGGCACUUCGACCGUCCUAAAGUUUGCUGGUACAUUCACAAAGGCUGAAGGUAUCGCUUCGCACAUCCAAAACAUUCACAAAGAUCAGGCAAAGGAUGCAGUGUCCCGUGUGCACCGGCCAAACAUAACCUCCCGGAACAGGCAGGCUACGAAACAGACCGCACAAAACAGCCGAUUCAAAAUUGUCAACUGCACACGCUCGAUCGCAAACUUCGACAGUGAUCCGUCGAUCGAUAGUCCGAUCACGACGACGAUCGUUGACGUGGAACGGGACGUAGCUCGGCUUGAGGGUUCGCAGCAUGACGCACUCUCUAGUACGGGUGUUGUGCCGGAUAUUGUAAACUCGACGACAAACGAUGGCGUGACAGCGAAUCUGCAGCAGGAGCAGCAGUACGAGCAACAGCACCAACAACAGCCGGAACAACUGCCAUAUUUGACCGAAAACGGUGUACACUACGUCUACGAUCUGUAUGUAGCGGACGCGGGCCAGAAUGUGACGCACAUUCCCUACUACAUCGACAAUCUGGACAAUCUCAGCGUCAUGGUGUGCGAUGAUCCACUGUACUCGUCCCACCGAGGUCUCGAUUCAGACGAUUCGAGCGAUGCCUAUUCGGAAGAUUCUAACGCCGAGAACAACUGGCGCAAUGAUUAUCCGGACGAGGACGAGGAUCAGCAGGAGGGGGAAAGUAUUGGCGACGAGGACAUGGUGCGCGCGGUGGAAGACCUUGACUUAGAUGGAGAACGGGAACUAUCUGAGGAAGAUGGUCUCGUUCUGUAUGACGAAAACGACGAGAGUGAAGUGAUUAGGUACCCCACCCAGCAGCACGACUGGUUGUCUGCUACGGAUUCGGAGGAUAGUUUAGACAGUGAAACGGAGGGUGUCAAUCGGGAAGAUGUUCAGCGCUACGGUACUGCGUACGCUCGGUAUAAAGCACGCAUUCUGCGCGAGGGGAAACCUUACCACGGUGCAAACAGUAGCCGAAGCUCGAGUAGUUCGGAGGAGAAUUUCGAUCUGUACGAUUAA